UCUGUUACAAACCGCCCUCACAGCUUCUUUGGCCCCAACUGCCCUCCACCUUUCCAGUCAUCUCUUUAUUUUUCUUAGUCUCCCUGUUUUUCUCUUUUUCCUUCUUUCUCUCUAUACCUGUAGCCUACCAACAGCUGUUUGGAUGCUUUAUUUUUGCAUUUACAAACUGUUGUUAUUUUCUUCACCAACACCAACAGAUUUAUCAACAUUAUGGAUGUGAGUUUUUCAGGGUGAAAUAUUCCCUGGGCUCUGCCCUCGUGCUACGCCGUAAGAGUGACCACAUGAGUUCCGCUGGGUGAGACAAGACCCCCACGGUGCACAUCGGAGUAGCCUACUACCAGCUCUGUGCUGCCUGCUACCAUGGAGCGUUCACGGGUCGGUCUGCUGCUCCUCACGCUCUGCCUUUUACUUACGGAAGUCACCGGGAGAAAUCCCACAUGUCACUUCAUCUGGGAGCUGCAGAGGGCGGAACUAGAAUGUCACAAUCAGCUGGAGAAACAAUCACUAGAGCCUCCCGGCUGUGGUGGUCUAUGGGACAACAUCUCAUGUUGGGCCCCAGCAGCAGUAGGGGAAGAGGUGACUCUCUCCUGCCCCCCUGCUCUCACACACCUCUUCGGACGACAUGGUACCUUUAGUAGGAACUGUACUGAGGCUGGCUGGUCUGACAUCUACCCCAGCAUCAGCACUGUCUGCUGGUCCAGCGACAACAAACCUAACAAGCUGCUGUUCUACUCAGUGGUGAAGACUCUGUACACUCUGGGCCACAGUCUCUCAAUUAUUGCUCUCAUCACCUCUACAUUCACCCUCUGUCUGAUCAGGAGGCUCCACUGCACUAGGAACUACAUCCAUGUGAACCUGUUUGUGUCGUUCAUCUUGCGAGCCGUGGCUGUGCUGGUUAAAGACUCUGUCAUCUUCUCCCAGAACCAAAACACUGACUGUAGCACACAGCCCUCACUGGUGGGCUGUAAGGUCAGUUUGGUGAUGUUUAACUAUUUCAUAAUGGCUAACUUCUUCUGGCUGCUGGUGGAGGGGCUCUACCUACAGACACUGCUCCUGGUAACCUAUUCAUAUACACACCUCGCUGUCUACCUCACAAUCGGCUGGGGGUUACCCUCAGUAUUUCUGGUGAUCUGGAUCUUCUGUAGGAUGUAUCUGGAAGACACCGACUGCUGGGAGAGGAAUGACAUUCCUACCCCUAGGAGGGUGAUCAACUGGCCCAUAAUGGCGUCUGUGAUAAUCAACUUUGUUCUGUUCAUCAGUAUCAUCCGUAUCCUAGUCCAGAAACUACUCUGCUCUGACGUGGGCGGGAACAACCAAUCACAGUACAGGUGUCUGGCUAAGUCCACCCUGCUGCUGAUUCCUCUAUUUGGAGUCAACUACAUGGUGUUUGUCUACCUGGUGGAGACAGAGAGCGACAGGAUGGCAGAAUACAAGAUUAUCUUUGACCUGGGACUGGGGUCAUUCCAGGUAUACCACUACCUUAACCCCUGAUCCUUAACCUUUUACCCCCCUAACCCUAACCCUAACCCUAUCUAGUUUGACCUGGGACUGGGGUCAUUCCAGGUAUACCACUACCUUAACCCCUGAUCCUUAACCUUUUACCCCCCUAACCCUAACCCUAACCCUAUCUAGUUUGACCUGGGACUGGGGUCAUUCCAGGUAUACCACUACCUUAACCCCUGAUCUUUAACCUUUUACCCCCCCUAACCCUAACCCUAUCUAGUUUGACCUGGGACUGGGGUCAUUCCAGGUAUACCACUACCUUAACUGCUGAUCUUUAACCUUUUACCCCCCCUAACCCUAUCUAGUUUGACCUGGGACUGCGGUCAUUCCAGGUAUAUACAUACACUACAUG